AUGUCGGCGCCCGCACCGCCGCCAUCAGAAAACGCAGCGGAUGGUCAAAUCGUUCCAGUAUCACCUCGAGGUGCUUUAGAUCAGAAUGGUGCGCUAGAAGCAUCCAAGGCGAUAAUACCAGCGUCAGUACCCUCGUCAACGACGAAGAUGGGAUCCGUUUCAGAUGCGCUGCCAGAGCAAGAGCAAGUAAAACUAACGACAGCCGAGUCGGAGCGUUCGAGCCAAUCGUUGGCGGGUGGUCUCGUCAGUGCUCCAAGCACCAUCUCCCCCGAGCCAUCAGCAGAGCAAGGAUCCGCUUCCGUUUUAUCCCACCUUCAACAACCAGCCAUCGCAGCAUUAUCGGCCAAAAGCCUGGCCGUGAGUGCAGUACCGGAGUGCGACAAGUUGCGCACAGAGGUCAUGGGUCCUCCACCUUCUUUGCCUGGUGAUCCCGACUAUCCACCUUUCAAUCCAGAGGCCACGCUCACACAAGCACCAGCUCCUGUUCCUAAGCGACGUGUACCCUCUUCUGCCGUCAACGGGGCCCAACGCAAAAUCGCCCCACCACAACCACCGUCCGAUUUUGUCGCCCCAACCAACAUCAAUGGCAAGAUGCCGUUCGCACUGUUCCAGACCGUCAAGAAAGCGGUACCCGCAGGUUCGCCGAAUACCAUCACAGAUGCGCAACGAUCACGAAGCGAAUCGACACCUGGCGAUGCGGUCACUGCUCUCACGGAAGGUGAUGCUCAAACUGACGCUCCGAUGUCUAAUGCGAGUCAUGCUGUGGACCCUCUCCUUGCCGACACCUUGACUGAUGCCGACUCUGUCGCCACGGCGACAAUCACUCGUGAAACCAGUCCUGACGCUUCGCUCGCACCGGAGAGCACCGCGCAAAUCACUGCAGAAGCAAGUGCAGCAGCACAAUCAUCUGCGGCAACCGAGGCACCACCAUUAACAGCAGAGCUAGCGAUUGCGAACGCCGCCGAAACGGUUACUUCGGCGCCGACUCCGAUCGCAAUUGCGAUGGAAGUGGAAGACGCAUCAUCCCCAAGUGUGGCGCUGCGUCGCAAUCCCAGUAGCCGUGGAGCAUCUCUACAAGCAUCUCAAUCCAUCACGAAUGCAUACACCGAUCCGUUGGGCCUGAAAAAGUCCCUCUUGCAGCAGGAGGCACGCGCGCGCAGAUCUCCUUCAGUGAGCAGUACUGGCGUUGCGCCUUCCGUUCAGGCCUCAGCGACGACCCCAGCAGGCGGCAAAAAGAGCAAUGCUGCUGCUCGCACAAUCAUUCCUCCUCCCCUUGUAGAGCCGCCUCCAGGGAUGAUGUACACAUCUGAGGGUAGACUUCGCACCAUUCCAGGCAUUGCUGGCGCGCUCAUUCCCCUGGGGACCAACUCAAGUUUAACUGAUAACCACCUAACUCCCCGACUGGAGGACAAAGGCGGCGCAAAUAACGACUUUUGCGAGACAUGUGGCGGUCAUGGGCGCUUCGUCUGCUGCGAUGGUUGCCCACGCAGCUUUCACUUUUUCUGCAUGAGUCCGCCGCUGGAUAUCGACGAGAUGCCUCCCUCUAAUGCUGCCGAGGUGUUGGGGCCUGUCAAGACGAGCUCCGUGCAGAAGGGAAAAGCCAAGGUGAACGCGGUCGGCUCGAGCGCCGAAAUCAACGUGGACGAAAUGUGGUUCUGCAAUGUUUGUCUGGCAGAACGCAAGCCUAAAGAAGCUUCGAGGCCCAAAGGUUUGGGCCCUUUUGGCUAUCUUCUCCCCGUACUAUCCCAGCAGAACCCAAAAAGCUUCCAGCUGCCCGCCGAUGUGCGCACUUAUUUUAAGGAUGUCGCCACCGCCACCGAUGGGGACUAUGUCAACGGAGGCAUGCUCAGACAGGUCAAGCCAAAUCGACAUGGGCAGAUUGAGACGAGAGAUCCGUAUCGACUUAAAGAUAAGAAUGGCGAGGCGGUGCUAUGCUAUCGCUGCGGCGAGACUGCGCUUCCAGCUGAUUCCAAGCAACGUGGCAACGCAGGAAGUGACAAAGGCUCAAGCUCACAGAAAGCGCGCGCCAACCAGGCACUUUCCAGCAGUGUCUUUGGCGACGUGGCUGCAUCGACGCCUGCUGAGCACACUGUCAGGGAAGGCGCCGGCUGGCGAAAGAUGGUCAGUUGCGACUUUUGCCCGCUGCACUGGCACAUCGACUGUGUAGACCCACCCAUGCUAAACAUGCCUAGCAAUCUGCGCAAGUGGAUGUGUCCGGCUCACAGCGAUCAUGUCAACGAUCGUCGCCGGGUAGCACGUAUCGGCGCAGCAGUGCCGAAGACGCUCGACUUGCCGCUUCCCUCAGCCCGAACAAUCGGACCUGGCAGGCACUUCCGAACGCGUGUUCUCAACAAUGGCGAUAUCGACAUCAUCCCCGACCCAUUGGAUGAGUUGAUGGGUGCAAAUGGCAUUACUGGUAGCCUCCAGAGUGGCGUCAAGGAGGUCCCCGUAGUUCCCGGCGUUGUCGAUGCACCUGCACUGACGCAAGGCGGCUCGAAGCUGACGUCCAAGAUUCGCUAUCGCCUCCCAGAAAAAGUAAUCCGUACCGAUUUCUGGAGCAAGUUGCGCGCCGACCAUGCAAGCAAGAUAGGAGAUGUUUUUUACAUUGCUGCUGAAGAGAUUGCGCAUCGAGCACCGGUCCGCCUGGUUGCUAUCAAGGAUGGAGCGGUCUCUGGCGACAAAACGCGGUUUCGACCAUUCGGACAACGCGAUUAUGCGCUAAAUGGGCUAGAUGCGCUUGCGGACAUUGCAUCUUCACGGCUGAAAGUGGGCGAGUUGCUUGACGAUCAGGAUGGAAACGCAGGCUUCAAGAAGCCUUCGAGGACGAGACAGCUGAUUGCCACCGCACUGGGCAUUGAUCUCACCAACGACAGUGUGCCCGAGUCGAGCAUACGUUCGUCUUUGAGCGAUGACAGCGCGCCCGAGGCGUCGCCAUUGUCGAGCCGAUCCGAGAGCGAUGUUGAGAUGGCAGAAUCAGCACAAGUAAGCAUGGCAGUAGCUGCACCGCCACUUGCGACGCCGGACACAACUGCACCUGCUGUACCCGUCGCGCCGCUCUCGGAGGAAGAGCUGAUCAAGCGCAUCGCCUUGGAAGCAGCCAGCGGUGUGAGCCGUGGCGAUCCAAUCCGUCUUUCAAAGCGUAAAGCUGCCGUCGCCGCCGAGUCGGCCAUCGCAGGCUCGCCAUCGACAUCGGCGAAAAAGCUUAGAUCUGCCUCACCAGCCAUUAUGCCUAUACCUGCUGGUUCAGCCCCCGCCGCGUCUGCAGCUGCGCAUCUAACUGCCACGACACCCGCCGAAGUCCGGCCUGCACCCUCAGCGAAGCGCAUCACACUGAAAAACAACAGUUCGAAUUCAAAGGCGCAGUCGCAGUCAGAGACUCAGCUUGCGCUGGGAACAGCCUACCAUUUAUCAGGACAGUACGCAGAGGAGAGGAGGGAGAUCGAACAGUUGAGGGCGAUCAGAGAAUUGAUGAAGCUGAAAGGUCCGGCGAGAAUGUUGGAGUUUUUGCUGUCGCCAAACGACGAUAUGCCGGCACAUGCUGAUCUGUAG